AUGGCAUCGCUUGUCCAGCACACCCCCGCGGCGCCCACAGCAAUACCCCUCACACAGAACACUGCGCCCGUGAUUGAGUUUCGCUGCCUAUUCACGUCAGAUAUCCGACGAAAGCAAAAACGCUGGCAAGAUGGUCGCCUCAAAUUUCACACAUUCAACAAACGGGUGAUGGUGUAUGACGAAAGACUGAACUUUGUGGGCGAUACGCACUGGCACGACUACCAUAUUGAUGAGGGCGAGGAGCUAGAGCUGGAUCGGGCCGCGAUACUGGUUCAAGUUGCAGAUUGUUUGGGGAGUAGGGAUCAAGAUUUGACCGAGCUACUAGACCAUCGCACAAAGCAGAGGGAAGAGAGGGCGGCAGUGAGAAGACCAAGUUCAUCGCCAGCUGAGGUGCCGUUUGACAACUUACGGAUCGCAAGACAACCCACCGGCUACUCUAAACUAUCGCAGAAACCGCUAAGCGCUCUGCUCGGGACCCCAACUGGCCACCAUGGAAGAGCAUUGCUUCCGACUACUUCGCCGUUCGAAGACAGGCAAAAAGAACAACGUCAAGAGAGAGACACACAGGAACGGCCAUCCAAGCGUAGGAAAGCCGAGUCUACGUAUUCGAAAGCAGGCUAUGCGCAGAAUUUAACGGGAGCCAUGCUCGACCUAUCUUCGACGCCCCACAGUACUGCUCCUCUUCGGCGGGAGCCGCUAUGGUCCAGGACUUCGAGACGACAGGAGGGAGUUGAGGGUUCGAAAGAAGAAUCCCAUGAAAUAAACCUUGUUUCGAAGGAAUUUCAGGAACCGCCUAGACAGGAACGAAGACAAUGGCAGCCGCCGGAAAAGAAGGUUAAGUCUGGCUUUGCCCAAACCUUGACCGGAGCUGUUUUAGACCUAUCGUCAACUCAAAAUACGAAUGCUUUUCUGCGCCAUCUCCCACCCACACGAAACGUGGAGAGGGGAGCACCUUCGGAGAGCAUCCACGAUAGAGGAAGGCAUCAGCGGUCUAGAAAUGAAACGGUCCGGCCAAACGUGUUGCAAACGCCCGUCGUUGAAAAGCAAAGUAAAUAUCAAGUGAAAGCCAAGAGCGCGGGACAUCUCGAUAAAGCUCCAGACAGAAAUUCGUCAGUCGGUGCUACCAAAGCGGGGCAGACCAUGUCUGGCACAGCACAGCAACAAGAUAGUGUUAACGCCUCUGAUGAGUUCGCAGCUAUUGAUGACGACUUCAUCGACAUGGACGACAUAGAACAGGCCUGUCGUCCCCAACAUUCUCCAAUAAGCAACAAUAAUGCUGUUCUCGAAGGCGACGACGGCCUGCAUGCGAUAAAUAUCUCCCCAUCUCCCGAAGUGCCUCCGCCAAAAGAACCUCGGAGGCCAGUACCUAUAGUGCCUAUCAAAGCUUCCGAGCCUGACCCAGAUGUGACGAAUGGCCCGCCUGAGACAGUCGGCUCCAUUCGUCUCAAAUCCAGACCAAAAAGGAAGAUGUUGGUUUUAAAUGAUAGCAGACAGCCACAACCAUCUCCCGCUCAGACCAACCCCAGGCCAAUUUCGCCAGCGGAAGAUGUUGUUCCAGAGCAGUCACAGGCAACGAAGAAAUUGGAUAAAUUCCAUGCACAACAGAAAGAACAGCUGAGAUCACGGGCUGUGAGACGUAAAGCUGCUGUUGAACAGGAUGACGAUGUUGCAUCUGAAGCUGACGAUGCAUUUGACGAUAUUAGAGGCUUUGCCGGUAAAGUUGUCGACUCUUUACCACCCAAGCCAGAUAUGUCAGUCCCCAAAGUCUCCAAAGAACCCCCAUCUCGGCAGCCACAAUCGGAACGAAGGGCACAUCAGGAUCACCCGACUGUGGCUGAAGAGCUUCUCCCUCUUCCAACCAAAGGCACUACGAGUCGAAUCUCACGUCGAUCGCCGGAACCAGCACCUCAAUCCUCGGAGCCAGCCUUCGAACUGCUGAGAAGUGUCGCUGAUAGACUCGCAUCGAGAGAGGGUGUGGCAUUAGAAACUACUUCCAUUAAGCCAUAUGCUCCAAUGGUACCAGAGACGACGGCAGAAACUAAGGUUCCCCAAACUAGGACAGCAGAAGUGACAGCUCCCCAGACUAGGACAGCAGACGCGAAAGUUCCUCAGACCAGGACGAGUGGCAGGAGACGGUCGGAGGUCUCUCCAAUUGCAACUAAUACGUUAACGGCGACCACAUCUUCGCCGAAGGAUCUUCCCGUGGAUGCUCCUCCCAAAAGAACCCAGAUUACAAAACCCCAACUACUCAAGACCAGCAAAACAGCUCGUAGCAAGAUAGUCGUAGGCUGGGUAGGUGCUCCCAAAGAGCCGGUUGUGAUUCAAACCCUCCCAGUCCAGGUGCCACAGAGACGUGAAGUAAGCGACGUCAGUUGGGGCAUGGGGGGCAUGGCGCAGCAUAGGGUUGCUGCACAGGACGUUGAAACGCCGCGGUUUGUCUCUGCGAAGGCGCAGCCGCUGGAGGAUGUCUCAUUGCGACGAAGACCGCCGAUUGCGCGCAAGAGCGCGGGGAAGGUGGCGGAGAGCGGGGUUCCUCCAGUGCGCAGUGAUUCUGGACCGUGGAGUCGCGAGGCGUUUGAUCUGUUUGAUUGGAGACCUGAUGAGAUUGGCUGA